AAAUGACUGCUAAUGAUUUGGUGUAUUUUCAGUUGUUUAAUAUCAAUAUAAGACGAAAUUCAUCCCUCUUAAGAUCAGAAAUUGAAGGGGUUCGACAAUAGGAACCGAUGUUGAUUGUUGUUGUCAACCGGUUCAAUUUCCCCGACGCAAUUAAAUGAACAAGCUACCGAAAAUUAGCAACAUUAGCAGUAGCUGAUCAAAGAGCAAACCCAACAGUAGUCGGAAACUACUCGUGUGUGCACACAUACAUGAAAUAUUAGUGGAUAUUGUCAAAGUGUUCAUUAAACUGUAAUUUCUUAACUUAUGUGCGCUUGUCGUGUUCCCGGUUUAUCGUCAUUUUAUUUUAUUUCUUUACAGUUUCAUGUUUUGCGGACUCGAAACGAACGGUAGCCAACGGUAGAAAGGAGGCGUAACAUUAACAACAGUUACUGAAUAUUAACAGUGCACCUGUUGACGGCAUGGACGGGUAAUUUGCAGCUGAGUGUGCAUGAGAGAACUACUCUGAAAACGCACAAACAUAAAACUAUAGUAGCUGCAGUGCCAUCAGUAGGAUCAUCUUGGGCCCACGGAAUGGCUGCUGCAGCCCGGCCAAGUACCUCCAACAAAGAUUUCAGUGAUAUCUACAGUGACCUGAGUCAAAACGAGGAGGAUUUGGACAGAAUAGCUGAAGCCAAUGAACUUUUUGAUGCUGUUCUGACUGGCUCAGUUGAUCAGGAGAAGAAGGGUGUGACUAAUGUGCCCCCAUCUGAGGAAUCACCAGCUAAAGUGGAGGCUCAAUCAACAGCAGUGAAAUCCCAGACAGGAGGAAAUUCACUGAGGAAGUUGUCUCUAUAUGUUGGAAAUUUCCCCUGGUGGACGUCUGACAGGGACCUCAUGUGCGUGGCCCAAACCUUGGGUGUGAAGGACAUCAAAGAGAUCAAAUUUGCUGAGAACAGAGUUAAUGGUCAGUCGAGAGGCUACGCAGAGCUGGUGGUGACCUCAGAAGAAUCAUUAAAAGUAUUGUUGGAAAAAUUACCCCAGUGUCAGCUCAAUGGGGAGAGGAUUGACUGUCGCUUUGCCACUCGCCAGAACCUCACUGUGUUUGAGGACAUAGCAAAUAAACGUAUACCUCUGCGUGUUAGUCCCAAAGACCCCAAGGACUCUGACUCUUCAGAUAAGGUUCCCUCGUUAUUAUCACAGGAGCCCAGCCCUCCCCCUAUACCUCCACUUUUUCCAUCACUUUCAAACAGGUUUCCCCCGUUACCCAGCCCUUUCCUCAGUCAGGCACCUCCUCCCUUCCCACAUAUCCCUCUAAACAUCCCUCCGCCCCUGCCACCCCCUUUAUUCCCUCCUUCAGCCCACGGUUCCAGCCAGCCAUGUCCUAGCCUGCAUAUAAAUCCAGCAUUUUUCACCCCGGCACAUGAUGGACACAGCAGCAAAUCUUACAGCCAACAAAAACACACGUCUCAAAGUACAGAUGGAGAUUUUGAAGAGCUAAUGAACAGAAAUAGAGCUGUCGCCAGCAGUGCCAUCUCCAAGGCUGUGUCUGGAGCAACAGCUGGAGACUUGCGGGUGGCCAUGGAGACUCUGCUAACUGCCAUUGCCAUCAUUAAGCAGUCCAGAGUGUUUGGAGAUGAACGCUGUCAAGCCCUGGUCACCUCACUCAAAGACUGCCUAGUCUCUAUCCAGGGCAACUAUGGCUACAGGGGUGGCAGUCGUUCUGGGGACAAAGAAAGAGACCGCGACAGGGGUCGUGACAGGGAGCGAGAGCGAGAUAGAGAACGGGACCGAGAAGAUUCCUCCAGCUGGGAUGGUACUGAAAGGUCCCGAAGACACAGAGAACGUUCCUGGAGUGGAGAGAGAGACAAGGAGCGCUCCCGAGAACGAGAACGGGAACGGGAGAGGCACAGAGAUCACAGAGACCGAUACCGCUGACUUGACUGAUGUAGUCUCUUUAACUGUGAAGCAGAGCGAAGACAGGACUUUUUGUUUCUGCAUCAACUUGUUCAAACUCUGGAGGAAUCUAAGGUGAGACUGAAGAUGUAUCUCCAAAAGUCAAAAGUGUACUUUUUUUUGUUCUCCAGUCGUCUGUACAUACUGGGACUUUUUUCCUGUUUUAAAAUAUGUAGUUGUAGAUUUGUUGCUUGAACAUCAGAGUUCAAUGCUUGCAUGCACAGGAACACCUCUUAAUAACUUAUGUACGACAGUGUAACAUUUUCAUCACUUUCUUUUGUAUUAAAUAUACAAAAUUAAAACAUUUCCUGAAAAUA